AGCGUACCUUGAAACAAACAGACGAGACAUCCCGGAAGAAAAAAGCGACGCAAAACAGAGCAUGUCGUCCGUCCGGAGACGGCGGCCCCCGCCGGACCACCACACCCCUGAGAAUCAUUCCCGUUCAGACUCGCCGCCUCCGUUUACGCUACCACCGAUUCCGCCCCCUAUCCGGAACACGGCCACUAACGCGGAGACUCCAUUUCCCGAACGUGGCAUCGAUAACUACAAUCAAUAUAACAACAACACCCAGAUGGAGCGAGUGACCUUUCACCUGCAUUCCCGGGUGUGCCACUUUGGACUCGACUACACCACGUACCGAUUCCGAAAAGUCGUAGAACAUCUACUGCUAGUGGUUGCCAUUUGCUGCGCGGGGGCGCUUGUUAUGCUCCACCGGACCUUUGUCAUCCACAACGCGUCGACAGCGUCGGCGCACAUGCAUUGGAGUGCAAAUUCAAACGGAAUUGUUCCAGCAAGAACCUGCCUGGAUCUACUGAAGGGCUUUGAUCCAGCGGCAGCGGACAUUACGCACCUGGUGAUUUUGCCCCAAAAUCUGACCCUAGUGGGCAAUCCGGGAGGCGAGGAUGUCGAUGACACGAGCGACGAUGGGAAUGGGAAUCUCGCAAGCGCUACAAAGAGCCGGGUCUUGUGGAACCGAAAGCGAAGAACCCAUUGCAACUUCGACAACAAGAACAAAAACAACAAGAUGGAUUCGAAACCUUCCGAAUGUGCCGCUACGAAAGGAAGCAACGAAUCCUUCGGGCACGCCCUGAAUGCUCUGGGGGUAGAGGCAGCGGACAACAACGACGAUGAGACGACGCUUGCCUACGAGCAGUGGUUGGACCAGCAGCUUGCUUCGAAGACACUUGACGUCCGGUACUCGUACUCCACCACCAAGGCGUACCUGAUGCUCCCCCGGGAUCACCCCUGGCUGUGGAAGGACGACAUGAUGCUAGACGUUCAGUACGUCCUGGUGGCACCCGACGAUCCGGAGUGCUUCGGGGAACCCUUUGUCCAGUUUCUACUCUGGAGGUCCUUUGUGGGUGGCAACACGGUCCUCUUGAACUGGAUUCGAACCUUUCCAUCCUAUCAGCGGCAACCGCACGACUCCGUAGUUUCGGGUUAUGUCUUCAACCCACGGACCCAAUGGCUCAGAGAGCUGGACGCUACUACUUUGGAGGGAACGAGGGCAGCGAGCGAAGGGGACGACGACAACAAAGACCCUGGCGGCGAAACAUUCCAAUCGUGUUCCCGGCGCCUGGCCCGUUGGAACAGAUCGUUCUGGAUCAAGGCGGGGGUCUUUCUCCGGACCUCCUUUUUGUUCUUUUUCUGCACGACGCUCGUCUCCUUUACGCUCCGUGAAACCCAGGAGCGCAUGCUAGAAUUCACCCAGGAACUCUCCCGCCGGGUCCGCCAGUCUAUUUCCCUCUCGGACCUAAUCACAACCCACCUGGCGCAGAACCUAGUCUUUGUCCCCAUUAUGCUAGGUAUGAUGUUCUUUCUGAUCGAAUUUUACAACGGGGACAAAUUCCUGGCCUUUGGGAUCUCCAGCAUCGUGUGGUGCGUCGAGGGCUUUUCCAUGGUCUGCCUUCGGUCCAGCCAGGGAUUGUCGUACUUUCCCUACUUUUUCUUUUUGCUCUUUUUGCUGUUCCACGUCUACCAAACGGCCUUUCCGGACCACGGCUUUGUCUACGUGGCGCUGACGGUCGUGUGGUGCUUCAUCCUUCACUCAAUGUUCUUUUUCUGGCACCGAUAUGAGCUACCCGCCCUGGUGCUGGGGGCGGUCACCAUCGACCGGCCGCGGAUGAACGUGAAUAUGGAGAACAUUGGUGGGACUAUCAACAUGAGCAACACCGGAAACCACCAUCAAGAUGCCACAAGCAGUACGGGGGUUGUUUCUAGUGCGGGUUCGGUUUCGUCGUCCCAGCACUCGCUUUCCCGCCGGUUCGAAGGGCGAAACGACGAUUCUGCUUUGGAACAACAAGAUGCCAACGGAAGCAUCGAUAGGAAUCCCCAGUCCGUGCCAUUUGCAGCUACCGGAAGAAGUGGCAACGGAACAAGCGCCACUUUUCUCCCAUCGAACCAGUCCUUUCUCUCGACGGCUUCCUCUCGGAGAACUUACGGAUUAUACCAGCACAACCAAGAGGACGACGGCAGCACGGGGUCGCAUCUGUAUUUCAUGGGGGGAGAAGUCGUGGUGCACCGACCAACUAGCAACUCUGCGAGGAACAACAGCAAUCCUACGACCAUUCAAAACGUCAAUAGUGAUCUAUCGCUCCCACCUCCCACCCGGAGCUGGGCCAUUACGGAGGGAGGAGGUCCCCGGAAUGUUGUUCUGUCGCGCAACGAAAGCAAUUUUUCGCUCCUUUCGUCUACCUCGGAUGCGUAUGGCAGCGGUGGAUUCAACGGCAACGGCGGGGAUCAGGAGGACGAAGACCAUCUUUCCAGCGCUCCGGUUGCUGCUGCCACCGAUCACCACGAUUCUUUUGGCAGCCUGCCGAACGAUACAUCACUCGAAACGAUUCCGGUUUCAAAUCUUUCUACCCCGCAGAAGCACCCCAGAUCCAACGGGAGCACCCACGACGCGGGAACCGACAGGAUCAACCAUGCUGCUUCGACCGCUACCGUGAGCUCGGAGGAUUAUGCCCAUGAGUCCGGUGGGUUGCAGGCCAUUUUCGAAAGCAAGCUGACGCCGAGGGUUCGAAACACGGAACGAGAACGAGCGAGUCAAUGUGUGUUGGGAAUGGCCGGGCAGCCGCAGCUCCCGGAACAGCAGCAGCAGCAGCAACAACAACAACAACAACAACAACACCAGACCUCUCCCACCAACGGCACGCAAUACCAACGAAGGCCUCCUACCUUUCCCGAAUUGACGCGAAGCAAGAAGUAGAGAACCUCGAAAAGAAAUCAGUUGCGCUUGGGCGGCUGAGAGGCAUGAAUGCAAUGAAGAUUGUAAAGCCAUUGAUUCAAGAGAAAGAAAUUGUCCGUAAGCAGUUCAUCCGCGCGUGCAUCGCGAGCAAGCAAUAUAUCAGAGACGCAUGAAUAUUUUUGAUCUCGUAAUUCGAAAAAGACGCACAGACCCACAUAUUUUCAGACCAAGACGAGAUAUCUAUUGGUACGUCUUGCGAGAGAAAAAGAAUUGCGAAAAACAAACAUCGCUAACAAUUACAACUAUUAUGACUAUCAAUACUUAUAUCUACUGAAAAAUUUGGGUAGUGGAGAUGGCAUGAAAUUCUUGU